AUGAAAGUUCAGAGAAGCAAAAUAGAUCCCAAGAAUAACUCAGGAAGUAUGGAAAUUGUUGCAGAGCAUCAGGAUGAUAUUUAUGUCCUUGGAAUGGUUAUAAGCAUGGGAGACAUGGUAACAUCAAGCACUACGCGGAAAAUACAGAUUGAUGCAAAAACACAGCAGAGAAUAUCGCUUACAUUGAAGAUCAAGAUAGAGACGGUUAGUGUUGAUCUUGGCAGCUCUACAAUAUAUUUGAAAGGGAAAACAGUCAUAAUGCAUGAGCACGUGAAGUUAGGAUCGUACCAUACGCUAGACAUAACGCCUGGCCAUGCUUUUGAAUUGGAGAAGCAAGAAUGGCCGUGCCAGUCAAUCAAGCUGCUUAAAGAGGCAACUAAGCCACAGCCGGAAAUGAUUUUUAUAAUAUUCUAUGAGAAGGAGUGUGUUGUGUCUGUUGUCUCAAGAACUAGAAUCAGUAUUUUGAUGAAGCAAGAAAUAAAAAACAAGAAGUUCUGCAAUAUUAUCAAGACACUAGAGAAGCAUGCAGGCGUGAUAGAUCUUUUUGUGGUUGCAAGUGCAUUUGAGGUGCGAAAUGAGUUCUACAAGGCAGUUUCAUGUUCAAAGGAGCUUUCGAAAGCACUAAAAAGCUUUUGCGUAGUGAAAGUACCAGCAGAAUGCAAAGGAUGUUCGAAUUCGAAGAUCAUUAACACGAUUCUUACAAACAAGGAGCUUUCGAAAAUGUUCCAGGGAAUCCAGUAUGUGGAGGAUUUGAAGCAAGCAGAGAAUUUCUUUGUUGCAUUUGCAAAAGGCUCUGAGCUGGUUUGCAUUGGGAUGGACGACAUCCGAGAGGCGAUGGACUAUGGCGCACUGGAAAGGGUGGUGAUAAUUGAUGAGAAGGUUAAGCCGAACAAUGUUGAAGAGAGAAUGAAGGCAGAGAUAUUCUGUAGGGAGUUGGGAGCAAUUAACUGUAAAAUAUCGAUUAUUCCAGCAGCACACUUUUGCGGAGAGAAGCUGAAAGAGAUGGGAGGAGUGUGUGGAAUGCUGAAGUUUAGUUAUAAAUGA